AUGCACUUGAAUGAUAAGUUGACCUCUAAUCCCCGGGUCUCUACAACUACUGUUACAUCGACACCUACUUCCAUCCCAUCGUCAUCUUCUUCUUCUUCACGGAAGGAAUCGUUUCUUAACUCUUUGAGGAGAAAAUCUACACGUCCCCUUAGUUCCUCGGUAUCAACAAAUAACCUCAACCAGCAAUAUAACGAUAGGUUGAUGGGUCGUCUGCAGCAACUGCAACUGAAACUGAAACUGCUGACGAAAUCGCAUUACCAAAAACAUACUUCUAUCGUGGUGGUUGAUCAAGAAGAGAAAGAGAACAUAGUCCCAGUUCGAAGCAAAACAUUAAGAACCAGACUGUCUGCUCCAAACUUAAAUGGAACUUCAAAUAAAUCAUUGAAAAGACAAUCAAUGUACUUUCCCCCAUCUACCAAUUUGAAUUUCACUUCUACUACUUCAAUAGUUACUGAAGAUGAAUCAACAGAAGAUGAAUGGACUAAUAAUGCACCUUCGACCAACACAACCCCAAUGACCGUUGAUUCCAGAGAUUCUCUUAUGGAUUCUGUGUUGCAAUCUGAAGAAGACCAAAUCACUAUUUCAGAUGAAGAGAUUCCAGACUCUACAGGAAAACCCACACUCCUUAGUCACACCAAAAUCCCUAAAAGUUAUGACUUCUUCAGACUCCCAAGAUCGAGUAUUAUUCAAAAUUUAACGUUAUUGAAUCCAUUGGUGACUGAAUCUUGUUUAGAGUCAGAAAAACUGGCCAUGAAGAACUUCAAUUACCAAUAUUCAGAUGAAAGUUAUGAUUUGAAUGUUUCUUUGGUUGGACAAAAUAAUUCUACAGUGGUUAUGACCGUCACCCAUCCAGAUGUCAAUACUAAAAAACCAGGAUGGGAUUUGGUGUAUAACAUUGAUUAUGAUGAUAUUUUCAGUGAAGAAUAUCACAUCCCUGAUGGCAUGAUCUGUUGA